UCCAUGUUGAAAAUUGACCACGUCGCCAAAACACAAAUCUGUAGUAUAAGUCAUAACAGCAACCUGAUAUAUAUUUGUCAUAUUCUACUUCAAAGGCACAAGGCAGAAGGUGAUAAGAAAUGGGAAUGUCCAGGAGUUUCCUAGUUGCUUUUCUAGGAUGUCUACUUCUUGCCGUUCUCAUUCAAGCACAGGAUCAAUCAGGAUUCAUCAGCAUAGCUUGCGGAGCUCCUGCAGGUGUGAACUUUACUGUGCCGAAAACAGGCUUAAACUAUACAUCAGAUGCAAAUUUCAUAAAUACUGGUGUGAGCAGGACAAUAGUACCUGAACUCAGAGAUCAGUUUCAAAGAUACGUGUGGAAUCUCAGAAGCUUCCCGGAAGGAAAAAGGAACUGCUACAAAAUAAACAUCACAAGAGGCUCCAAGUAUCUGAUCGGGGCUUCUUUUUUGUACGGAAAUUAUGAUGGCUUAAAUAUGUUACCACAGUUUGAUCUUCUUCUCGGGGCUAACCGGUGGGAUACAGUGAAAAUAAAAAAUGCAUCCGUUGGUCGAUAUUUUGAGAUCAUAUAUGUACCUUCACUGGAUUACGUACAUAUCUGUAUGGUUGACACAGGCCGUGGGACACCAUUUAUAUCAGCUAUAGAGUUGAGGUCUUUGAGAAAUGACAUUUAUGAAACUCGAUUUGGAUCAUUGGAAAAGUACACCCGUCGGGAUUUAGGUUCAAACGAAGACUACAGGUACCACUAUGAUGUUUAUGAUCGUUUCUGGAGCUAUGACGACGUAGAUACAUGGUAUGACAAUGUAGAUAAAUGGAAACAGCUAAAUUUUCCGAUUGAUGCUGAUUCUUUAGUGCAGAACGAAUACCAACCGCCAGCUGUUGUCAUGAGCACCGCAGUUACACCAGCAAAUGUUAGUGCUCCAUUGGUAAUAAGCUGGAAGCCAUAUGAUCCAAAAGAGUCAUUCUAUGUUUACAUGCACUUCACAGAGAUUCAAGUGUUAGCAAAGAAUCAGACGAGAGAGUUCAACAUCACCCUGAACGGAAAGCUAUGGUAUGAAAAUGAGUCUCCUAGGUACCACAGUGUCUUUACUAGAUAUACCCCUAAAGGCAUCAGUGGGAAAUUAAUUAAUUUUUCAUUUGUGAUGACCGAGACUUCUACCCUACCUCCCAUCAUCAAUGCCAUUGAAAUUUACAGAGUGAAAGAGUUCCCGCAACCAGACACCUACCAAGGAGAUGUUGAUGCGAUCACAACCAUCAAGUCUGUUUAUGGGGUGACAAGAGAUUGGCAAGGUGAUCCAUGCAGCCCGAAAGACUACUUGUGGGAGGGUCUGAAUUGUACGUAUCCCGUAGUUGACUCCCCAAGAAUCAUAACUUUGAAUUUAUCUUCAAGUGGAUUGUCAGGAAAGAUAGACCCUUCAAUUUUAAAUCUCACCAUGUUGGAGAAGUUGGAUUUAUCAAACAAUAGCUUAAACGGUGAAGUUCCUGAUUUUCUGUCUCAAUUACAAUACUUGAAGAUCUUGAACUUGGAGAAUAAUAACCUCUCCGGUUCAAUUCCCUCAACACUUGUUGAAAAAUCUAAGGAAGGUUCCCUAUCAUUAAGUGUGGGCCAAAAUCCACAUCUAUGUGAAUCUGGUCAAUGCAACAAGACGAAAAAGAAAAAGAAGAGUAUUGUUACACCAUUAGUAGCAUGGGUUAGUGGGGUUUUAAUCCUUCUGGUGGUCGUGGCAGUUAUAUGCUGGACCCUUAAUAGGAGAAAAUCGAAAGCUUUGAUGGUAGAAAAGGAUCAACAUGAGGUGUCACUGCAAUACAUAGAACAAGAUGAUUCAUUACUGCAAUUCAGAAAACAAAUAUAUUCAUACUCUGAUGUCCUUAAAAUCACCAACAAUUUCAAUACAGUUGUUGGUAAAGGUGGGUUCGGAACAGUAUAUUUGGGCCAUAUCAAUGACACUCCAGUUGCAGUGAAAAUGCUUUCCCGGUCUUCUGCUCAUGGUUACCAACAAUUCCAAGCUGAAGUUAAGCUUCUAAUGACAGUUCAUCAUAGAAAUCUGACCUCCCUUGCUGGUUAUUGUAAUGAAGGAACCAAUAAGGGGCUCAUAUAUGAGUACAUGGCUAAUGGAAACUUAAACGAACAUCUCUCAGGUAAACACAGCAAAACAAAAUUCUUGACCUGGGAAGACAGACUUCGUAUUGCAGUGGAUGCAGCCUUAGGUCAGAAAGUAAACUUUAAACUCUGUCUUUCCUUGACUCCUCCUUUCGUCUCUCAAUAUAUUUUUGGCUCAGGAUUGGAGUAUCUGCACAAUGGUUGCAAACCACCUAUUAUUCACAGAGACAUAAAAUCUACAAACAUCUUGCUGAAUGAACACUUCCAUGCAAAAUUAUCUGAUUUUGGUCUAUCCAAAAUUAUGCCAACAGACGGGGUAACUCAUGUGUCAACUGUUAUUGCUGGUACUCCUGGUUAUCUGGACCCUGAUUACUGUAUAUCCAAUAGAGUAACAGAGAAGAGUGAUGUUUAUAGCUUCGGUAUUGUUCUUUUGGAGAUAAUCACAAGGCAACCCGUGAUAGCGAGGAGUCAAGAAAAUAUCCACAUAAGUGAAUGGGUUAGUUCCUUGAUUGCUAAAGAGGAUAUCAAGGCCAUUGUUGACUCAAGGUUAGGAGGAGAUUUUGAUAGUAAUUCAGCUCGGAAAGUCAUAAAAUUAGCAAUGGCUUGUAUUUCUCCAAAGCCCAACGAAAGGCCAAUGAUGAAGAUAGUAGUGACUGAACUAAUGGAGACUUUAUCAACCGAAUUAGCUCGAACGAAUAUGGACAUCGAACUCACCAUGCCGAGGUAAACGAUAAGAAGAAUAAAUAAUGUUGUAAUAAACAACUCAUGAAAGUGUUCUCAAAGAUAUUUGUGGCCGGUGGGUUGGCAGUGUGGGGCGCAUGCUUUGUGGGAACAAAGAUAAAUGAAAGUUGCUUCUUUUUUUUUGUCUAUAUAAUUAUUUGGUGAGAAUGUGAAGGACAUAUGUAGAUUGUUUUGGUGGUGGGAGGUGCUGAUGUCGGUGUCGUGGGAAGGAUAAGGUUGAAUUUAGAAUUUGAGAUGUGGGAGGAGGUUCGGUGUGCGCCCGCGAUUGAAGAUGAGGAGUUUCGGUGAGAUUCUUUUUUAUAAUUUUGAAUAUGCGGUUUUUUUA